CCCAGUCCCUCCGGAAAAAAAAGCUGCCAGCCACCGAGCGACGGAGAGCAGCAGCCGCUCCGCUCCGCCACUGAUCAGCACCCCGCUCGGGGAGACGAGAGAGGGGGCGCGAGUGAGAGGCAGCGCCGGCAGCUUGUGAUCGUCAGCCUUGGGGGGGCGGGCGUCCCUGUACAGAUCCAGCGACCAACUCCCCCCGAUAGACACAUCCAUACAAAAAAUAUAUUUCAUAUAUAACAUGCAUUAUAUUGUAUAGAGAACAGCCACACGCACGUACAGACACAGUUACAUUCACACACACGCGCACACACACACACACACACACACACACAGAAACACACACCCUGAAAUCGGGGACGAGCCUCCAGCAAGUACCCACCCCCCGCCCCCUCAACCCUUUCCCCGCAGCACCUCUCACACACCUGAAGAAAAGUCAACUUGAAACUCUCACAGCAUGCCGCGGAGGAAGCAGCAAGCACCCAAGCGGGCAGCAGUGUAUGUCCCUGAAGAAGACUUAAAGACAGGAGAACUGAGAGAAGGAGAAGAUGCCAGCCCUUCUGCUGAGGAGUUACAAGGCAAUGGUUACAUGUGCACGGAAGAAGAGGAGGAGGAAGAGGAAGACAGCAAAGGCAGCUACAGCUACCAGAAUUCUCCAAUUAGUGCAAUAUCUAACCAGGAUGCAGAGUGCGACUCACACAUAAGUGAUACCAGUGACAGAUUGGCUGACUUUAAAAGUAUUUCUUCCCGGGAUGGGCAAGAAAAGGAAGAGGAGUCAAAUGGAGAGACAAAGAAUGGCCAGCAGAAUAGUUUAGGAGCAAUGAGAGCCGUUUAUGCUAGCUUUCUAUCUGAUUCAUAUUGGUCAAGUCUCGGCUUUGACCUCAAGCAAUCAAAGGCUGAAAGGACAAGUUGCAAAAGCAGCAAUGAAAGCACCAAAAGUAGUUUUGAUUGGCACCAAGAUGCAUUAUCCAAAACAUUUCAGCAGACGUCAUCUGGCAGACCAGUGCCUAAACCAAAUCUUUUCAGUUCAGUGCAGUUGUACAGGCAAAAUAACAAAUUGUUUGGGACAGUCUUCACGGGUGCCAGUAGGUUUCGCUGCAGAGAAUGUAGUGCAGCAUAUGACACUUUGGUAGAACUAACCGUGCACAUGAAUGAUACAGGCCAUUACCAAGAUGAUAACCACAAAAAAAACUUGGACCAUAACAGCAGUUGGACAAAGUCACGAAAACGGGCUUUGCAGGAAAUGGAUGGUAUGCAUGAUGCCCAGAAAGUUUUAAAGUGCAUGUACUGUGGUUAUUCAUUUGAUUCCCUUCAAGACUUGAGUGUUCAUAUGAUUAAAACAAAACAUUACCAGAAAGUGCCUCUGAAGGAACCAAUGCCACCUAUUGGAUCAAAGUUAGUCCCCCCCACUAAAAAACGGGCCCAGCAUGAAGUCAACCAGCCUUGUUCACCAGAUUCAACAACUGGAGUUGCAGGGACAUUCACAGGUGAAGCACAGAAGAAUUCAAACCCCUAUGUGUCAUCUAACAAUCGGUAUGGCUAUCAAAAUGGUGCCAGCUAUACCUGGCAAUUUGAAGCUUGUAAGUCUCAAAUCCUGAAGUGCAUGGAAUGUGGAAGCUCCCAUGAUACACUACAGCAGCUCACAGCUCAUAUGAUGGUGACAGGGCACUUUCUUAAGGUAACAAACUCUGCGUCGAAAAAGGGAAAGCAGAUUGUUUUUGAUCCUUUGGCUGUGGACAAAGCACAAUCUGUCACAGAAGCACCAUCAAGUGAAAUCCAACCUCUAGCACCAGUCAGCAAGUUGCCUCCAGAUUCUUUAACUCCAUCAGCAGUUGAAGAUAACAAAAAUGAAGAAGAAAAGCAAGAGAUAACAGAGGAAGUGGAGAAACCACCUAAAGAUAAAGACGAUUGCAAAGGUGAAAACCCAGAAAAGAUAUUUGGUUCCACACUUCAAUAUCAAUACAUAAGAGAAGAAGAUCUGGAGGAGAGUUCAAAGGGAGGUGGUGAUAUACUUAAAUCACUUGAAAACACUGUUACUUCAGCCAUUAACAAAGCCCAAACUGGGAGCCCAAGCUGGAGUGCAUAUCCCAGCAUCCAUGCUGCCUAUCAGCUUCCAGGGAUUAUUAAACCUGUGCAACUUGGUACUCAAAUAUUGCAAGUUAAGCCAAACCUGAAACCAAUAGCUCCAAAAGUCAGGUAUUUCUCUGUAAUUACAAGCAGCCAAAACCAAGCUGUUCAUUCCAACAAUGACCAAAUUAAGGAAGAACCAAUUAGCCCAGUUCACGAGCAGAUUUCAUCCAAGCUGGAAGAAAGCAAUAUCGAGAAAAAGGACCCAAAGUUAAAUCUGCAGUCCCCACUCACUUUGCCAUGUAAAAAGGAAAGUGAGAGUCCAAUAAAAACAGAGACUCUCAUUGAUCUCCCAAAGGCAGACUCACCUUGUUUGAAAGAUGCUGAAGAAGUGAAGCAAAGCUUCAAGAACGAGCCUGUAAAAAGCGAUACAGGAUCUCCAAAUUUUUCAUUAACCAAUGGAUGUUCUGGACUGACUGUCAUCACAGAUCACCCAUCUGAACACCUUUCUGUUAGCCCACUUAGUGCAUUGCAAUCUAUAAUGAAUACUCACCUUGGCAAAGCAGCCAAGCCCCUUAACUCAAACCUAGACCCUGUAACUAUGCUUUGUAGACUAAAUAAAAGCUUGUUGGAGAAAUCAGCUUCACCGCCAAGUUUAAUAAAGCCAUCUAAUGUUGCUGAUAGAUAUUACUAUGAAAGCAGUGAUCAGCCAAUAGAUCUCACCAAAUCGAAGAGUGGCAAAACCGUCCAAUCAAACACGGUCAAACCUCUUACUUCAAUACCUUCCAAACAUGCUUUAUCUGAUAUUGCUGAUAUGGUAAAGGUUCUCCCAAAGGGUACAACACCAAAACCUUCUACCUCAUCAAAGAUGACAGCAGAAAGGUUAGAGACUGAUGUGAGGAGCUUUGAAGAUGUGUCAAUGGAAUUUUUACCAGUUCAGAAAAGAAAAGGAAGGCAGUCAAACUGGAAUCCCCAGCAUCUUCUUAUACUGCAGGCCCAAUUUGCUGCAAGUCUGUGGCAGACAGGAGAAGGCAAAUAUUUAUUAUCUGAUCUAGGUCCACAAGACCGUAUGCAUAUUUCAAAAUUUACUGGACUCACCAUGACUACCAUAAGUCACUGGCUUGCCAAUGUAAAAUAUCAAUUGAGAAAGACAGGUGGAACAAAAUUCCUUAAGAAUUUAGACACAGGGCAUCCAAUUUUCUACUGCAACGAUUGUGCCUCCCAGUUUAGGACUCCUUCCACUUAUAUUGGUCAUUUGGAAUCCCAUUUGGGCUUCACUAUGAAAGAUAUGGCAAAAAUUUCUGUACAGCAUGCAAGAGGGGAGCAAGAAGUGUCAAAAGUAACAUCUGAGAAGUCAAUGGGACCAACUGUAGCAGAUGAGGACACAGGCAGCAAGUUCCAGUGUAAUCUGUGCAAUCGAACUUUUGCUAGCAAGCAUGCAGUAAAACUGCAUCUCAGCAAAACACAUGGGAAGUCACCAGAGAAUCAUUCGCAGUAUGUAACUGAACUAGAGGAAGAGUAGCAUCUCAAGGCAAAGAUAAACAAUGAUCACAAUCUGCAGUCAGGCAUCCUUGUCCAGGCCCUCCCUGCAUCACUUCAGCUGCGACAUUGAACUUCAGGUGCUCUGACGCAAAGAGCACUCAACUCCUGCAAUUACUCUUCAUUCUCACUAACAAUUUGGUAAUGAAGUAUUGAUUUUUCAGCUCGAUUCUUAUGGAUGUUAUUAGAUUUUCAUUGAUAAACUGUGCUUGGGCUCUCUACUCCCUGCUGCUUCUCUGCGGCACAUAUAACAAAGUGUUCUUUAGGGGAUAAUGGCUGGGAACAUUGAUGUGUUUAUUUCGUCAAUUGGUUACUCCUGAUGGCAAAAAAGGUACGAUUUUUCAAACUUUAAGCCCAAGUUUAAUGUAAAGAUACAAUCACAUUGGACACUAAUGUCCUUCCUGCUGAUGCUGACAUUGAAUUAUGGCUGAAUUGCGGCUGUGGCCCAUAGCCCUCUCUUUAUGAAGGAAGCGGUUUGUAGCCAGUACAGUUGUCAAUGUUGCACCUGGGUUUCCCACUCCAGUCUUAACAGCACAAGGGAUCAAUCUGUCUAACUAAGAAGAAAAAGACUGAUGAAGCAGUGAACGAGAUCCAGCCAGAGAAAAAAAAACUUGUACACUGUUUAUCAUCUGCUGCAAUAGUGCACAGAAUCAGCUUCUUUGUGGCUAGGAACAACACAGACAUUUUCGCUACCAGGAGGAUCAGUCUGCUGCCGUCCUUGUUUAAAAAAAUAGCCUUCUCUGACAUCCUACAUCACACCAAGUAUGAACCUACAGCUGAAGGAGAAAAAAAAAUUAUCACAAGGGAGCAGACAACCACAGUUCAAUCCUGUUAACUUCUUGUUUCUACAGACAGUGUGAGCUUCAAUGGUAGAGAUUGGAGGUAAAGGGAAUGCAUCUCCAUUUAUCCCUGAUAAAGUCGCAAGAGACAAAGUCAAAAAUGAGUGAUGUUUGCAGCUAGGGUACCGCAGGCACACACAUCAGGUAUUCAGUUUAUUAAACACUGCUGGACAAACAUAUCAGCUUUAUUAAUGUAACUUUUAUUUUUAGAAAGUUCAAGUACUUUUUUUGUAAAGGCCAACCAAUCUUUUACAAGUGAUUGUUAACCCACUGAGGUUAUGACAGUUCCCCAAGUUACAACACAAUUGGUAUUGAGGAUGUACAUUAACAAUCUAGUUUAUUGUAAAACUCGGAGGAUAGUCUGACUUCAUAAUGGCAGGUGCCCUCGGCUUGUGAGUUCUGUCGAGAAAAGGAGACUUUCUCUUGCUUUGAUACGUACAGGCAUGUAUUCCAUUUGUACCAUACUUUACUAUUAAUGACAAUUCAAAUUAAGGUUUUGGUCAGUUUUUUUCUGGUGCUGCUGCGUAAUUUGGUUUGAUAUCAAGUUGAAGGAGACAAGUCCUACCAAUAUACAUGUAGAAAAUAAUGUGAAAAAAUCUUUGUGUUCCUCAGUGGAUUUCUCAUGUAUUUUCACUGAUGAAGCCUAAGGAUUAAUUUAUUCCACAGGCCAAAAGGGGCAGAUCAGUAUUGCACAAAGAUUGCAAAUCAGUACACAGCCCAUUGCUUUCCUAUCUUAAUCACUUAAUUAAAAAUGCAUUUGGUAGCCUUAAUCUAAAUUCUAACUGCAAAACAAAAUUAUUAUGAGGCCAAAAGGACCUGUUGUAUGUGACUCCUAGCACCACUUGCCUCUACUGCUCACAUUUUGCAAUCUCAGAUCCAAGGCUUGCAUGGCAUACGGUGAAACUGUUUUAAUCAGCUCUCUCACACAGCUUAAUUGUUCAAUAAACAAACAAUAAAUAAAUUGUUAGUUUCUCAUUGCUAUAGUUUCCUUAACCAUCAAAAAUUUUAUCUGAAAAUAUAUAAGAGUCUACCAAUUUUAUCAUGUCCUUACUGUGGUCCUGGCCCAAAAUCCUGCUCUGGAUAUUUUCAGCUGUUUGCAAUUUGUUUGCCUCUUGUAGAAACUAUCCAAUAGUGAGAAUUGGGUGGUUUCUGCAAUAGAUGGUCAAUCCACAGAUUGCAGCUGAAAAUCUGUUCCGGCAUCUUCCUGGGUUGGAAGAACCAUGUAUGCUGAUGUUAAGCUUUGUCCAUGAAUAACCUUGUGUAAUCCCAGAGCAUUUUAUGCCUGGCAUCAAUGCAGUGCUCCUCCUGCUGCAUUCUAUUUUCUUUAUGUGCAGUUCUCAAUAUCAAUGUAAUUACAUGCUUUCAUAUUAUUUUGCAAGAGCUGCUGCUCUCUGGAUGUGGCCACAAAGAUUUCAUAUGCAGGAGAGCUCUUAGUCAAUGCGAGGUUUAUCAGUCGAUGUUCUCAAUCAAAAGAAACUCCUGGAAUAUUUAAGAGAGGGACUAUGUAAUGCAGAAAGAAAAUCUCCUCCUCAUAGUCACGUGGUCAGUAUUUCCUGCUGAACUGAGUCUGUUAUUCCACAUAACCUACAGCAUUCCAACUGCUCAAAGCCCAUUCAUACUAGAAGCGAAGUCCCAAGUAAUGACCGUUUUAUCGCACUGAUGGUCUCUACCCCUAAUUAAUCAGGAGUGACGCUACAAUGUAUUAAGACAUCACUGUACUUUUCAAUGUAUUGUAUCGCAUACUUCAUCACUAACCAAUUUCACCACACUGUUCUAGGAUCACAUUACCAGUCUGACAUGAUGAUAAGUGUCAAUUAAGUACAUUAGCUAUUGUCAAAAAUAACUUUGCAAUUUUAUUUAAAAGAGCCUGAUAGCAGAACAGACACAACAUUCAUAGCAGGCUUUAUUUGUUACUUACCUGUUUAUCAGAAAUUUAGUAAUGGGAAUAAAAGUAGGAAUCCCUGUGAAUGAUCUGCAAGCAAAACCACUUCACAUUAAUAAAAAAACUUGGUGCCAAAAAAUCCCCAGUCACACUAAUAGCUGGAAGCAUGUGACUGAAAUAUCUAUCUGCAGUGUUUGAUCAGUGCAGAACAGCUGCUCACUGCCUCACUAUUCCUACAUUUAUCACUUGAACCUCUUACCUGGUAAUCUUUUAGCAGGUUGAGAAAGCCAUUAUAAUUCAUCAUUUUUAAUUAGAUAUUCCCAAAUCAUACAAAAAUGUCCUCUAACUACUUCACUUGGCAGGUUAUCUGUAAACAUCUGAUUGCAUGCUUUAUAUUUGGAUACUCUGUACAAAAGCCACAUAAGAUUGAUAAUACAAUGUUAAGUCAGAAGCAGUUACAUGUAACUCCACACCACUGACAGCCCCAGCUGUGAAACUUUCAGUCCCUGGUAGUGUUGUCAUCCUAAUUUCCUGGCUCCCCAGGGUGCCUGUUGGAGCCAGCAAAAAUAUGAGAGUUUUCUGCCUUAUUGUCCUUCUGACCAACUGAUUGGUGGCUCAGUCCUAAGAGAAAUGUGGGGAAUGGCACUGAGAGGUUGCAGGUUUUCUGUUCGAGGUUGCCUGAUUACAUGACAUCAACUUUCAAACUCCUUUAACUGGAUAAUUUCAAUCUAAAAGUUCAGAUUAUUGUAAAGCUAAGUUGUUGCAGGUUUGUAAUAUGUAACCAAUAGCAGUUAUUUGUAUAACACGAUCACCCAAACUUUGUAUUACUUGACUUGGGUCAAAUGGAUUAAUGCCCAGAAAUUUCAUUCUCAGUCAGUGAUACUUAAAACAGCCGUGUGCUAAACUCCACUUCUGAGUUCAAUGCAACCAAAUCUUAAAAGUGGUGUAACAUUUUCAGCUGCUGGCAAAUAACAUAUUUUGGACUCCUGACUGGAAAUAAAUUUCUAAGCCUUUUUAAAUCAUAAGAACCAGGAGCAGGAGUAAGCCAAUCAGCCCCUUGAGCCUGUUCAGGUGAUCCAAUCUUUCCCAUACCACUUGACUCCCUUGUAGCUUAAAUGCCUUUUAAUCUUAGCUUGAAUAC